AUGUGCUACAGUGUCAAUGAGAACGGCACACUACGGGCCAUUGACGAUUGGGCUGACAAUGAGAAAAUGGUUGAUGGCGAAAAAGGCUGCCUUGCAGCAAUCUCGAAGCUGAAAAGCCAACAUCCGCACAUCAAGACACUUGUUUCGAUCGGUGGUGGCUCUAGCAGCAAAGAGUUCCCUGCUCUCGCGGCAAACAAAACAGCCAGACAAACUUUUGCGCGUCGGAUCAGUGAAUUCUGCGUGACCCAUCAAUUUGACGGUGUUGAUAUUGAUUGGGAACACCCUCAGACCCCCGAAGCAGGAAGGAACUAUGUUCUUUUUCUUCAAGAUAUUCGCAACGUCAUGCCACACUCUCAAUUUCUACUAACGAGCGCUCUGCCCACGGGCGAAUACUGUCUGAAGCAUCUCAACCUGCCAGUCGUGGCUCACUUGCUCGACUUUCUCAACCUCAUGGGCUACGAUUUCACAGGAGGAUGGACUGAUGUAUGUGGACAUCAUGCACAACUUUUGCCUCCGAGUCGGAAUCUCAACGAAGUAUAUCCGACACUCCGUAAGUCGUGUCAACGCGGCGUUGAUUUCCUGAUUGCGAACGGCUUUCCUCGUCACAAAAUCGUCCUUGGGAUCCCAGUAUACGCCAGAUACUUUGGCGAGGCGCGAGGACCAGGCCAUCCUUUCAAGGGUUCAGGUGAGAUUGAUUAUUGUGAUUUGCCGGAUGAGUGGGUAGCAGAUGCCAAGGUCGAUCAAAGUGUUGCAGCGGCAUCUUUUGUCGACAACAAGGGGGAUAAAGGGUUUGUGUCGUUUGAUGUUCCCAGCACUGUUUCCAUCAAGGCACGGUAUGCCAAAGCUUUGGGCUUGGGCGGUUUGUUCUACUGGACGGGCGCUGGCGAUCGAAAAGGCCGUGAGAGUCUGGUCACCGCAGGAUGGACAACACUCAAUUCCGAGUAA